CGUCUGGCCACCGCCGGCGUAAGAUCGUCAUAUUCACGGAGACACAGCGCUCGCUAUAUUCAGAGAGAAAAGCGCUCGAGAGAAGAGACUCGAAGAUGCUGCACAGCGCGCUGCCCCGCGCCUACCUGGGCUACCACCACCCGCACCUCGCCGCCGGCAGCUACUUCGAGGAGGCAGUGAUCGCUGCCCAGCAGCAGCAGCAGCAGCAGCAGCAGCAGCAUCCCUACUACCAGAUGCAGCAACAGCUGGACCCGGAGUCGUACCAGCGCGUCCUCGCCUGGGACACGUCCUCGACGCCGACGACGGGCUCGCUGCACCAGCAGCUGAGGGCGGCGACGCCCUGUCCGCUGGACCUGUCGCUCAAGCCGCCCCCGACCCCGAGCUCGCCGAGGACCGACGAGUACGAGCCCAUCGAGGUCGACGACGAGGAGGACCGGCGCAGCCGCGAGGAGGCCCGCAGCCGGCACUCCUCCUACAGCAGGCCCGACGAGGACGUGGUCGUCUACGACCUCGACAGCCAGCGCAGCUGCUCCUCGGCCCACAGCUACCAGCAGCUCCCUGCUCCCUACCUCGGCGCCGAGCUCGAGCGCACGCCCACGAAGACCUGCUCCUCGGCCAAGGAGACGAUGAUGCUCGCGAGCCUCGGCUACCAGCAGCUGCUGCAGACGCCGGCCCCCAUGACCCCGCCGAGCACGCCCUCGCCGCCGCAGCCCCAGCAGCCCCAGCAGCCCCAGCAGCCCGCGGCGCAGCGCCGCAAGCGCGAGGAGGACCAGCAGCAGCAGCAGCAGCACACCCCCAAGCAGCAGCAGCUGGACAAGCCCCCGCGCGCCAAGAAGAAGCACGCGCGCAAGCUCAAGUUCGACGAGGACACCUCGUCGCCGGUCUCGGGCACCGUCAUCCUCGGGCCCGACGAGGCGCUCGUCACCGGCGACAUCGACCCGGCCUUCAACAUCGUCGAGGUGACCGAGGAGGCCCGGGCCGAGCUGGCCAAGAUCGAGAACCGGCUCGGGCCCUACCAGUGCAAGCUCUGCCGACACCUGCACGACGACGCCUUCCAGCUGGCCCAGCACCGCUGCUCGCGCAUCGCCCACGUCGAGUACCGCUGCCCCGAGUGCGACAAGCGCUUCUCCUGCCCGGCCAACCUGGCGAGCCACCGGCGCUGGCACAAGCCGCGACCCGGAGGAGCAGCAGCAGCCACCGCCGCCGCCGUCGUCGCCGCCGCCGCCUCCUCCAGCGCGAGCAACGGCAGCAGCAGCGGCAGCGGCUCCGAGGAGUCGGGCUCCGAGUCGCUGGCCUGCGGGAGCUGCGAGGCCAAGUUCAGCAGGCAGGCGGCGCUGAGGAAGCACGUGGCCGCCCAGCACCCCUGCGCCCCGGCCGCCGAGCAGAACAACAACGACCAGGAGACCAAGAGCCGAGCCGUCGAGAUGGCCUGACAGCAUCGGUUCCCAGCGAGGCCGCUGCCCCUCAGACCCGGUGCCGGAUCGGCGGCCGCCGCAGCCGCCGCCGCCGCCAGCCUCUACUGGAGAUUCGGUCUGGAUCUCAUGUGAGCGCAGCGGUCACACGUGAGUGCACAAUCAAAACGAAUCGCUAUAUAGCUGUACGUAUAGCUCUCUCUCUAUAUAUAUAGGACACGGAGGGAUGUACUCUCGGCAGUGCGAUCCGUACGCGCGCUCGUCGCCUGGUCCUCGGAGCUUCGGAAAAUAGCGGCGAAAAAUCGAAAAAAAAAAAAAAAAUUAAAUAAAUAACAAAGAGAAGAAAAUGUUUGGCUCCGAGGAUCUAGCGACGAUCGACAUACGUGCGUACGUCGGCUCCGAGAGUUCAUCUUUUCCCUCGAAUAAACAUGUAUAUUGCAGAUUUAACUUUGUUGUCGAGAUGCACGAACAAAAGGAAAAAAUAUUUAUAUCUAGUCACGGAUCACGUCAACGCGCACAUUAUAGUCUGUAAGGAACUCUCAGCUUUAUUUGCCAAAAGAAUUUAGGGUCGUAGUCUAUAAUACAUAGUGUUAUCGUCAUUUGUAAAUUUCUGUAUAAAAGCGGAGGAGGAGCGGAGAUAUGAGUCGAAAGUAUAUUGUAUCAGUAUUCGAAGGCGAUUCGGAUUAGCGGAUGUGUAAAUGUGUAUAGAUAACGAGAGCUCUGCAGCUAUUCGUCUUAUCCUGUGUACAUAAGCGGAGCCUUAUAUCUGAUGUUAUAUCGUAUCAAUCGUUGCACCGUUAGAGCAUACUUGGAGGGGGUAACGUGGAAUUAAGUUUUUAUAAAUCUAUUUUCUGACAUUGAAAUUUCCUCGGUAUAUAUUUUCUAUUCCACUUUGGUAUACAUAUAUACUUUAGGCUUGCGAGUGCAGCUUACGCACCUAUAUAAUAUUACAUGCGCAUAUAUUUUUGUCAUCGGUUAUUUUUUGUAAUAAUUCAAUUGCGAGAGAGCUUAAGUUUUUUUUUUUUUUUUUUUUUUAUUGAAAUAUGGCUAUCCGAAUGAUCUCAAACGACGUAGUCCUGUAAGAUCUCGAUUGUACACCGUUAUAAAGUAAGAAAAGAAUUCGAUCUAGUCCCUCUAGUCGCUUAUCAUCCAAAUAAAGUAACAAAAUUUGUCGACAGACUCAUACAGCUAAACUUAUCAAAGAUGUAGUUAAGAUCCGCUUACAAUAUACGAUGUACGCGUGCGUAUGUUUGUAGGAAGUAGGAAAAAAUUAUUCUAGUCACGAGAUGCUCCGAUCGCGUAUCUCGGGAAUUCUCGCAAUCACCAAAUUCUUCUAGUCGAUCUAAGCGUAGAUUUAUAUGUGUAGCGUAAGAUUCAACCGACAGGAUCCCAAAGAUAUACUGUAUAAAUUGUCGUGUAGCAACUCUAUCAAACCAAAGAAAGUAUGGAGAAAUGAAAGUCUAGUUGUUCUGUGUCCGAUGACAAUUUCGCGCGAAGUAUAUAAUAUUGUCAAGUAAUAAUAUCUAAAUCGAUUUCUAAUCAAAAGGGACAUCUAGUCAGCGGAACCAUUAACUGUAACCGAAUAUCAUAAGCUAAUAUACGGCAAAAUUGUGUAGGAAAUCUAGUCACGCAUAGAGUAUAGUCGCGAUUACACAAGUCAGUAUAAAUUAAUAAUAGACAAAUCGCAUUCCCGCAAGAAAACGUAUAUACGUAAAUACAUGUAAGAUUUCGGCAUAAAUUUAAGUCUCAGUUUCAGUUUUCAUUAAAUUUUCGUUUCAGCGUUAUAUCGCGCGCCGAGUCUCACCUCGCGCGCAUAGAGUAUGCAUCUAGUCGAUCAAAGCGUUGCCUCGCUUCGUAAUUCGCAUAAUUUUUCAAUUCGAUGAAAAUUUAACGUUUCGAGAUUCAAACGAGGCGACGCGCCACGAUCAAAUUGUCACCAAAAUUCGUUUCUAGUCAAUCGAGUCUAAGGAUAUCUCUAAGUGGUGUGUAAGUAAUCCGUGUGUACAGCGGCGCGAUAACGCGAGGAGGUAUACGCGAUUACGACGCUCGGGUUUAUUGAAUUAAAUCGAUGUCAGUCGCCUCGGAAGCGGAAAAUUCGCGAAUAAUAUUGAUUUACAUAUUAUACAUUUUCUAACCGGAUCAGCUUUAAUCUCCGCGUAUAACGACGUAAGACGCACAGCGAAGCAAAAGUCGCGCAAAUCUAGUCACUAGACCAAUAAAACGAUACAACUGCAGCUAUAACCAAACAAGCCAAACCGAAUUUCGGGCAAAAAUGCAAUCGCGUUUAAUUUUACGUAUAUAAUAAUGCACGUAAUGUUAUAAGAGACGAAGCAAAGCCGCGAAAAGCAAUCUCGCACCCGCCGCGCGUAUGUAUAAGUAGCGAAAUAAAAAUAAAGAGCUUCUAAGCGUAAUUUUGAGCUCGUAUAAUACAGCCCCGUUUUCUUUUUUCCUCUCUCGCAUAGUAUAGUAUACAUGGGGUAGAGUCUUUAGAAAAGCGUCGAGCCGUAACGGGAAUGGGGGAGGCGAGCGUAGAGGCCGCAAUUUAUUCGAGUCCGUGUUCUUACACGCGAUCAGGUUUUCGAGGUGAAAAAAAAGCUCGCCGAGAGAAAGCCCGUCAUUUUCGUUUGAUUGUGAUCGCUCAAUCCCUUUCUCUCCGGUUUGUCGAGAGGAGCUUGUACUUUUCGACGAUUGGAUUGAUGUGUAACAUCGCGUUCGGGGCGGAUGAUUCGAUAAUACAGAGUGUGACGACGUUUAUUUAGCGCGAUAAGGUACACGAUGAUAUGUAUGAUAUAAUAAAAGGGCGCCAGUAUUGCGCAACACGCGACAAGAGCGUGUAGAGCUUAAUCGUUUUAAGAGUAUGAUAUUACAAUGUAAGCGAAUUUUAUUGUAAAUACGAAGCACGCGUGUACGCCCACGAUUAAUAUACCUAUAACCAUGUAUGCGACAUUAUCAAUAAAUUAUGUAAAAAAUGUAUAUUAUCGGCGCUAUGACAUAAGGAGAUGAUAAACUUGUGUAGCUUAUUGUAAGGCUCGAAUUGUAAUUGCAUAAGGAUGAUGUAGGCCAUAUCGUCGCUGUUAUAGUAUGCAAUAUCGUUUUGCUGUAUUUCGAUCGACUACUCUGUACUGCUGUAUAAGUGUGCAUAAGGCGAUUAUUUCUGAAAUACACGAUUAUAAACAUUGA